AUGUCCCGUAUCGCGCCAUGCGGUCUAAACGUCAAAAUCGCCUUAGGGCAGAAUCUCUGGCCUACUAAUUUUUCGCAUAUCCCGAAAGAGGCCGACAACGCAAAGUUUCAAGAAUGGAAAAGAAACGCAGCUCAAGGUGGGAAGAGCACCGCAGAGAGGAAACGGCAGGCCAUUGCAGAAAGGUUCGGAUAUCACGAACCGGUGAAGCUUGCCGUUAAGUCUGGGCACAACAAGCAUACGAAAGUAAUGAACCAUGCAAGCCUCCGGCUUAUAUUCUUUACUGCUGAGCAUGAAGAUCUUGCCAACGAAGAGUUCAUUGAUGUGUUCUUUGAGACUACAAACCAGGGUGAAGUGCACCCGAAUAGCAUCGCCCCAAAUGCUAUAGUAGGCACGGAUAUCGCUGCUCGUCUAGCGAUAAGACUCCCGGAUCGAAUCCAUGAUGACGGCACUACGGAAGCUCGAUACAUCAAAGACAGUAACAGCGGCGAAGCAUUUACAAAAACGUGUAAUUCUCUCGCAGAUAUACUGACGGGAGAAGGUGACCCGAGUAAGUAUAUCGAAGAGAAGGUUCCACGUCGCAGGGUCCCGGCAAACAGACUAUUACAAGUCGGGGAUUCAACCUACACUAACGAUGAUGGAAAUCUUAUACCCAAGGUGGUACAGAAUAAGAAGGGCGAAGGUAGAAAGAGAGAUAAUCUCGUGCUCGCGAGGAAGGAGGAAAAAGAAGCAUCUAAGAGUAACACAUAG